UAUUGUUAGUGUCUAUGUUAUGAAAAUGGUUAUGAUGUUGACCAUUUUCUUCAAAUAUUUUAUUUAUUGAUUGUAUUCUCAUUACUUAAAUUACUAUGGAAACUGUGUCAACCAAACAACAACAACAAGAUUGGCGUUUUUUUGCCAAAUCUUUUGUAGCCGGUGGUCUAGCUGGUAUGACUUCGAAAACAACUGUUGCACCAUUGGAUCGAAUCAAAAUUCUACUUCAAGUUCAUAAUAGCCAUUAUAGAAAUCAUGGUGUUUGGUCCGGGUUAAAAGCAAUUGUACAGAAAGAAAGUUUUUUCAGUCUCUACAAAGGUAAUGGAGCGCAAAUGGUCAGAAUAUUUCCUUAUGCGGCUGUACAAUUCAUGUCGUUUGAAGUGUACAAACGUGCACUCUCACAAAUGUUCCCCGGUGAUGAUCGUUUAAGUGCCAAUAUACCAAAUAAUCAUCAAACGAAUGUAAAUCAUGAAUUAAAAUUUGUUGCUGGUUCAAUGGCUGGUGUAACGUCUGUUCUGAUGACAUAUCCACUGGAUUUGGUUCGUGCUCGUUUAGCUACUGUUGUCAAUACUAAACGAGAUCCAUUGAUUUCAAUCAAAACUACCGGUGUUCCGACAACCAUUCUUGGAACAUUAGGAUCCGUAUUUCGUAACGAAGGUGGAAUAAUGGGUCUUUAUCGUGGAAUCACUCCGACCGUUUUGGCCAUGAUUCCAUAUGGUGGAUGUAAUUUCUAUAUGUUCGAACGUUUGAAACAUUGGUGUGUAAAUUAUUCUCCUUCAUGGACCUGUUAUCGAGCGUCAAACGACAAACUAGUGCUCAAUGUUCCUUCAAAACUUCUUUGCGGUGGUAUAGCUGGUGCAAUUGGUCAAACGGCCAUAUAUCCAUUGGAUGUAGCCAGGCGACGCAUGCAAUUAGCCAUGACCAGCCAAGAAACGGCCAUUUACUCAGAAAGUUUUGUCCAAACACUUCUUUUAACUUAUCGAUCGCAUGGCGUCAUACGUGGCCUAUAUCGUGGCAUGAGUGUUAACUAUAUUCGAGCUGUUCCAAUGGUUGCCGUAUCGUUUUGUACAUAUGAACUUUUGAAACAAUUAUUUGGAUUAGAGACAGGUGUUUAAAGAAAUAUCAGUAUUCCAACCAACAAAUCAAAAAACAUUCCAUUGUGAUCAUUAUUUCAAUUCAUCUAGGUUUUUUUUUGGCAUCAUUUACUUCUAUCUUUAUAUU